AUGUUCCUCAGACUGGGAGGUAAACAGCAAGGUAGACAGAAAGGCUGGGAGAAAUGGAGAGAGGCAGGCAUGCAGGUAAGCUCCGAGGCAGGCAAGCAAGCAGGCAGGCUGGUGGGUAAACAUGCUAGGAGGAAGACAGGCAGGCUGGUCGACAGGCAGGUAUGCAAGCAGGCUGUGAAGAAGGGAUUCAGGCAGGCUGGGAGUCUGGCAGGGAGACAGACAGUCAUGGUGACAGGCAGGCAUGCAGGCAGGAAGGAAUACAGGCAGGCAGGUAGGGAUACAGGGAGGCAUGCAAGCAGGCAGGGAAUCAAGGACAAAAGAACAAAAGACAGGCAGGCAGGCCGCAGGUAG